AGGGCGACGCCUUCAAGGAGGCGCACGGCGGCGGCACCAUCGGAGGCGUCGCCUCGAUGGUGCUCGCGACGAUGCAAAACACAAAGGGCAAGCCAAAGGUCGCGCUGUGGGAUGGGCUGCUGCCCGUCUCGGUGGUGCCGCCGGCGCCAACGCCCGGCGGGUGGCGCGAGAUUGAGGCCGACGGCAAGGCGAUGCUGGACGGCGAGGUGUACGUCGCCAUGAACCGCUUCUCGGUGCUGCCCGGCAUGGAGUCCGGCUUUGAGCAGCGCUUCGCCUCGCGCGAGAGCACGCUGGCCAGCCGCGACGGCUUCCAGGGCUUCCUGCUGCUGCGGCGUGACGGCGCGCCCGACGACGGCUUCACGCACUCCACUCUCUCGGUGUGGCGCGACAAGGCGGCCUUCGAAGCGUGGAGGGGAUCCGAGGACCGCGCGGGGAAGCCAAAGCCGGGCGGAGGAGGAGGGGCGGGAGGAGCGGACGGCGAGGGAGGGCCGCCCAAGGGGCCGCCGCAGAUGUUCGCGAAGCCCCCCGAGCCGUCGUUUUACGAGGGCAUUCUCGUGCUUGAGUCGGCGCGCGGCAUUUGAGAGGGGGCAGCGAGCUCUCCUGUCACGCUGUAUGGCUCGAUCGAUGUACCGCGACCUCUGAGCUCGGUCUCGGGUGCACGCAAGAGAUAGAUAAAAGAUAAGAGUUGGGUGACGCUGUCGCUGACGGGGUAUCACUAUC